UCAACUCUAGUUUUUAAGGCCUUUCUCUAUCUGGAUUCUUUCAUUUGUUUUGUGACUAUUCCAUCUUCAACAAAUUCAUCUCAUACCAAUAUAUAUAAAUAUUUAUAUAUUGAUUAAUAUUAUACAUAAAAUCACGAACGCCACAUUGGACCAUAUCUCAAGAUGGUUCUCUGCCUGAAAAAGUAAAGAGAAAAAAAAUUCCCAUCUGCGAAAAAAACUUUCAAGUGCCACUCUCAUUUCCUGGACUGUGAUUUUGUGAGAUUUGAGUUUUUGGGAUUCAGAUCUAACAGAGUCAGAAAUAAGCAAAAAAUGGGGAGUUUGGCAGCGCUUCUGAAACACCCAGAUGACUUUUACCCGCUUUUGAAGCUCAAAAUGGCCGCCAGGCAUGCCGAGAAGCAGAUCCCUCCGGUGCCUCAUUGGGGCUUCUGCUACUCCAUGCUCCAUAAGGUCUCUCGCAGUUUCGCUCUCGUCAUUCAACAGCUCGGUCCUGAGCUCCGUGAUGCCGUAUGUAUAUUUUAUUUGGUUCUCCGAGCCCUUGACACUGUUGAGGAUGAUACAAGUAUACCAAAUGAUGUUAAAGUGCCAAUAUUGGAAGCAUUUCAUGGUCACAUAUAUAAUCCUGAGUGGCAUUUUGCUUGUGGUACAAAGGAGUACAAAGUUCUUAUGGACCAGUUUCAUCACGUUUCAACUGCAUUUCUGGAGCUAGGGGAAGGUUAUAAGGAGGUAAUUGAAGAUAUUACCAAGAGAAUGGGUGAAGGAAUGGCAGAUUUUAUCUGCAAGGAGGUAGAAACAGCUGAUGACUAUGAUAAAUAUUGCCACUAUGUAGCAGGACUUGUUGGUAUAGGGCUGUCCAAACUUUUCCAUGCUGCUAAUUUGGAAGAUCCAGCUGAUGUAGAUCUUUCGAAUUCAAUGGGCUUAUUUCUUCAGAAAAUAAAUAUUAUUCGAGACUAUCUGGAGGAUAUCAAUGAGAUACCAAAGUCACGCAUGUUUUGGCCACGCCAGAUUUGGAGUAAAUAUGUUGACAAACUUGAGGACUUGAAAUAUGAGGAAAAUUCAGUGAAAGCAGUCCAAUGCUUAAAUGACAUGGUCACUAAUUCUCUAAUACAUGCGGAAGAUUGCUUGACGUACAUGGCUGCUUUACGAGAUCCCUCUAUAUUUCGGUUUUGCGCCAUCCCUCAGGUCAUGUCAAUUGGCACCUUAGCAUUGUGCUACAACAACAUUGAGGUCUUCAGAGGUGUAGUGAAGAUGAGGCGUGGUCUGACCGCUAAAGUAAUUGAUAGAACGAAAACGAUGGCUGAUGUCUAUGGCGCUUUCUAUGAUUUCUCUUGUAUUCUAAAGUCCAAGGUUGACAUCAAUGACCCCAAUGCACAAAAGACAUUGAGCAGGCUAGAAUCUAUACAGAAGACAUGCAAGGACUCUGGGGCCCUUACCAAUAGGAAAUCUUAUAUACUUAAGAGUCAGUCAAAUUACUCAGCUGUGAUUAUCAUGUUCGUCAUUCUAUUAGCUAUCAUCCUUGCUUAUGUUAAUGCCGACCGAUCAAUUAACUAGUGCCCUGAGCCUUAUUAGGUAAUUUGGGACGUUACACAGGACAUGGCCCCGUUUGAUGCGGACCUACUGGCCCAAGUGGGGACAUCCAUGUCCUCCCUUCGGCUCAAACGCUACGCCACACUGGCUAGCGAUGAUGCCAUCUUCAUCUCUCAGGCCAUCCAUCAUCAGGCCACGGCGGUAAGCCACUUGUUCGUCUCGUUUCUUUAUUACCGUUAUCUUUUUGUGUUGUUUAUAACUUUGCUUUGUUCCAGGAUGCAUUGCUGGCUCAUAGAAAUGCAGACCUGGUGGCUGAGAUGGCCAUGAAGCUAGAGACGACUCAGGAGCUGGAGGGGACCGUCAACCAAAGAGAAACUGCCAAAGAGGCUCUCACCAAGGAGACUGCCCGGGUUCAGGCUUAGCAUUAGGAAGCUUUAUCCAAGAAGGAUGCUGACCACAAGAAGGUGGUGGACAACCUGGGGGCGGAACUAUCUCGUGCCCGUGGCUCGGAGGCUUCGACCAAGGCACUCUUGGAGGCGGCUGAGGCCCAACUUCGUCAAGAGCGGGAGAAGGUGGAAUCUCUCGUGGCCAAAUCCAGGCUUUGGAGGUCCAGGCCCAGCUGGAUUUUAAAUGGAGUGAGGAGGCUCGCAAGGAGAAGGAGCAGGCCGAAGAGUUGUUGGCGGCCACUUAUGAUGAAGCCAUUUACAUGGCCUGGCUCCAGGACAAGAAUAUGAAUCUCCUCAUCUAUCCGGAUCCAACUGCAAAAAGGUCCGAGUUUGAGGCCAAGGAGAAAGAAGACGUGGAGCUCCUUGUUGGGGAUCAACAAGAUGAAAUUGCUCCAGACGUCCCGGAUUAGAACAAAGCCCAGGCCCGAGCCUUUAUAAUUUUAUUUGAGGCUUCCUCUCUCUUUUUUUUUUUGUGAACAUGUUUUUUAUGGGCACAGAUGCGCUUAAGAUAAUUGUUUAUCUUACUAUCUUAUUCUAUUGGUUUUUAUCCUUGCACA